AUGCGCAUUCGGCAUGGCUUCACCAGCCACGACGGGGCGGUUUCCAAAAUCCUAGGUCGCGCCAAGCGCCUAUUGCCUCCCCUCACAUUCAUCACCUGCCACUAUGCCUACUUUGUGGGCGUUUGUCUCAUCGCCUCCGUCGUUUUCUGGGGCUCGUCCAGCGAGAACUUCCGCGUUAGCUAUGUCGACAGCCUCUACCUCGUCAUUUCGGCCAUGACCGAGGCCGGGCUAAAUACGGUUAACCUAAGCCAGCUCAACACAUGGCAGCAGGUUAUACUGUUCGUCCUUAUUAUACUCGGCAGCUCCAUUUGGGUUUCGAUUUGGACGGUGCUGGCGCGUAAGCACGCGUUUGAAAGGCGCUUCGACGACAUCGUCAAGGUCGCCCGCGCUAAAAGGGCACUCGGCGCCGUGUCUCCCGGCCUCGUCCUGCGUCGCAUCAUGUCCAUACCUCGGUCGGCUCGCUCUAACGUGCCAACUCCAGGCCUUGGGGACCCGCUCCAGCUUCCGACACAUUCAAGCAAACGCCCGAACGGCUUGGGCAUCACGUCAAAUGAAGGACCCGGGCCGUUAUCCCCACCCAUCUCUCGGGAGCCCAUUCCGAAGCGCGCAAGCAGAGAUUCCGUUUCCGCGAUCGCGCCCCCGGCCGAGACCGUGGCCACGCCCACCCCCGCGGCCGAAAAAAACCCCGACGACGCGGUGACGCCUUUACCCGCACCGGGGAGUCCCGCGCCCGGUCCUUCCGACACAGCGUCACCUCGGAACCCCGAGAGUGGGCGGAUAGUGUUUGCCGACGGCGUACGCGAUGCGCCCUUGCGGAGGAGACCCGUUCCCAAGAUGGCCACGGGCCCCCCGCAGUCGGAAACAGGCAGCGCCCAGCCCAAAACCCUGCGAGAGUUCCUGGACAACACGCCCGCCCUCCGCAACGGCCAGUUCCACGACCUUAGCAGCGACGAGCGCGACCAGCUCGGCGGCUGCGAGUACCGCGCCCUCAAAGUGCUGGCUAUGAUCGUGCCCGUUUACUUCGUUAUGUGGCAGCUCCUUGGGUGCCUCGCGCUCGGCGCUUGGAUCAACAACAAUAUGCCCGAUACCGCCACCGCCAACGGUAUCAGGCCGUGGUGGCUUGGAGUGUUUAACGGCGUUUCGGCCUUCAACAAUUCAGGCAUGUCGCUGCUCGACGCCAACAUGAUCCCUUUCCAGCAGGCCUAUUUUGUCCUUAUCACGAUGGGCCUUAUGAUUCUGGCCGGGAAUACAGCAUACCCGCUAUUCUUACGAUUGAUUAUUUGGAGCGUACUUUGGCUACUUAGGCGGGCAACGAACGAGAACGAAUGCGCCGAACUCAAAGCGACGUUAGAGUUUAUCCUCAAAUACCCGCGCCGCGUUUACACCAACCUUUUCCCUUCCGGCCCUACUUGGUGGCUGCUUUUCAUGGUCAUCCUGUUAAACUCGGUCGAUUGGGUUGCGUUUGAACUUUUAAAUUUCGGAAAUCCGGUUAUCGAAAGCAUCCCUGUAGGCCCGAGAGUUCUCGACGGCCUUUUCCAAGCGCUUGCUGUUCGUUCGGGCGGCUUUUACGUCGUGCCUCCGGCCAAGUUAUAUAUCGGCCUGCAAGUGUUAUACGUAAUUAUGAUGUACAUUUCCGUUUACCCUGUCGUAAUCACAAUGCGACACUCAAAUGUGUACGAGGAGCGGAGUUUGGGUAUCUACGCAGGCGAUGAGGCCGCCCUCGCGGACCCCGAAGCGGGGCCUGCCUGGCCCGGCUUUAGCGAGCCUCUCGUUCAAGGCGCAACACCCAGCGUCGCUCGAGGCAAGAGCCGCCCGGGGCUCGACGUGGGACACGCGCUACGGCGGACGUUUACCCCCUGGCACGGCGUGGGCGCAUGGCCGGGCGCGUGGCCGGCGGGCGAAAGGGCGCAGGGGACGGCGGCCGCAACCCCCGGUUCAGCGACGACGACCACUGCAGCGUGGCCGUCGCGCAUUAGCUUCAUCUCGCAGCAGAUCCACGGACAGCUAGCGCACGACAUUUGGUGGCUGGUGCUGGCGGUGCUCGUAAUCGCAACUAUCGAAACGUCGCACUUCCUCGGGGACCCUGUUUCGUGGUCCGUCUUCAACAUCAUUUUCGAGGUCGUGUCCGCCUACGGGUGCGUGGGCAUUAGUGUUGGCGUGCCUUUCGACAGCUUUAGCUUCAGCGGCGGCUGGCAGCCAGGGAGCAAGCUUGUGCUUUGCCUCGUCAUGCUCCGGGGCCGUCACAGAGGCUUGCCGGUCGCGCUGGACCGGGCCGUUAGGCUGCCGGGGGAGCAGCUGCACGCGGAGGAGGAUGAGGACCACCGGAUCCGUAGGAGCAUGAGCUUCUCCGUCAGUCGUAGGGCUAGUGUCGAUAUUUAA